ACAAACCCAAAAUCAGUUGCUUGCAUAUUCAGUUGCAUCGAAAGUUCAAUCACAAAAAUUCAUCGCCAUGUCAGGAAGAGGCAAAGGAGGAAAGGGUCUUGGAAAGGGAGGAGCCAAACGACACCGUAAAGUUCUCAGAGAUAACAUUCAGGGAAUAACGAAGCCUGCAAUUCGUCGUCUCGCAAGACGCGGUGGCGUGAAACGUAUCAGCGGUCUAAUUUAUGAAGAAACUCGCGGUGUUCUCAAGAUCUUUCUUGAGAACGUGAUUCGCGAUGCUGUGACCUACACAGAGCAUGCUCGCCGUAAGACUGUUACUGCGAUGGAUGUUGUUUACGCUCUCAAGAGACAGGGAAGGACUCUCUACGGUUUUGGCGGUUAGAAAAUUAGGGAUUGCUUUUUAAUUUAGGGUUUCAUGUAAUUGGAAUCUCAAAUGUUGAUGUAUAUUUUGUAAUAGCACUAGAGCUUUAGCAUUAACAAUGGUUUUUGCUUUGCUGUGAUUUAAUUGAUGAUUUGAAUUUUCAAUGUACUAAUCAAUUUGAUGAA